AUGGCGCCAUCGACGUACAAAGACAAGCCCAGCGGGGCUCUGCUCUCCUUCAACGCGAAAUGGAUUUCCUGGAUGCAUACACUUGUGGCAUACACUGCCUUUCUCAGCGCCCUUGUUCUUGGCUGCUCUCUCCAUUACCACAAAAUCGUCAAGAAUGAGUUCUACGGAUACCCCGACGAGUGGUUUCCCUCCGUUUCGGCCACAAUUGGCGAUCGAUACCCCGAGCGCGCAUUCUUUCAAUUCUUCAUCGCGAUAACCUCCGGUCCUCGAUUUGCAUUAGUUGGAUUAUGGUAUCUUCUUACCGCCAAGCCAGGCAAGACAUUGCCCAAGUUUGUUGGUUCUAUGGGACUGCUGCGCACCUUGACCUGUGGCGGCUGGACCUACAUCACAUCUACCGACGACCAUGACUGGCACGACAUAUUCAUGAUUUCUUACCUGGUCAUUACGAUCCCUUGGACAUUUGGCUGCAUUGCCCUCAGUCCUCCGAAUGCGAAAGCGAUCAAGUACAGAAAGUACCUUGCUACGGCCUUCUUUAGCACUCUUGUCCCGCUGGUGUAUUUCUUCAUUCAGCACAAAGUACAUCGCGUUGCUGGCGCCUACACGACUUAUGCAUUUUUUGAAUGGUCCCUUAUUCUCUUCGAUGUCGCGUUUGACGCUGUAACGGCUCUGGACUUUUCUACGUUUGAAGUUGUCGUCAGAGAUGUUGGAGGUCUUAGUCAGGGAGAAAAAGCACGUGUCCCAACAACCAACAGGGUAUUGGCAAAACAAAAGACCAGAGCAACAGGUGGGCUUUUUGACGCAAAGUUUUCGUUGAAAGAAUUGUUCGAUACUGCCGCUGAAGUAUACCAUGGCUUCGUCUUUUGGUCUACACUCACCAGUCUUGGUGUCGUUAUUUGGUAUUUUCCGCUUUGGCAUAUGGGCAUUUCAGGAUACGAGGCAUUGAUCAUGUCCACGACUUCUCCAUUCCUGUUGGCCAACAAAUCUUUUCGAUCAUUCGUACUCAACAACUUGCGAGCCUGCCACAUGCUGUCACUGGCUGGUCUCGUUGCCUGGCUCGUCAAGGAUCCCGUAUACCGGCUAUUCACUGUCGGUUUCGGUGUUUGGAUGUCCUGCUUGUCAUGGGCCGCUACCCUCUUCUCCGAGAAUGUCCACGCAACUAGGCUCGAGUCCAGGAUCUUUGCGUGGACGGUCGGUUUGAUUCUUUCAUCGACAGCAAAAUUUGCAUGGUGGACCAAUAACCCCAUUUGGCCCAUCAUGCACGCCGGCAACGGAGGCAAGAAUGAGAUCGGCCUCACUCUUGCAGUCAUUGCUGCCUGGCGAUUCACUCGUAGAGCUCCAUUGAACACGGGUCUUGCCAAGGACGACCGCACUGGUGGUUCUGCAUUCCUUUCUGCCCUUGGCGUUGGCGGCCUCUUCUUUGGUCUACACUCUCUACUCUCAGACACGAGUACCAUGAUCCUUUGGGUAUGGGAGGGCUACCCCGUCAGGGGCCCUCAAUCUGCAGCACAUGGCUGGUUGACCUUGGCAGCAAUGUCGCUUGGGCUCAUUACUGGUAUAACCCGACCCAAACUCGUCAGUACAUGGUCGGCCUUUGGUGUUGGCAGUGUUGGAGCAGCAAUUCUUACCACCAGACACAACUGGAUCGGAUAUGCAGGCGCUUUGACAACAGCGUUCUAUCUCAUGGCCAUCGCUGUUCCCAUCCUGACACAGGCCGCCAAGAAGAGCCCUGCGACAACCUUUGGCUGGGGCUUUUUCAUCUACAACUUUGUGGUGCUAUUUCAUGUCUGGGUUGUCGCUUAUGCGUUUGUUCCGGGUGGCCCCCUGGUGCGCGAACACACGGAUUGGGUCAUGAGCACCAUGAUGGUGUUGAUUGGCGCUGGCGUGUGGGAUCUGACCGCUGUCAAUGCCAGUGCCCAACAAUCCCCAAGGCCCGCCCCCACUCAAUCUCAGCACCGCAAGUAUCACGAUUGGGCCCUCGCCUUGACAAAUAUACUCUUCCUCAUCUCUGCCUAUUAUCGACUCCCCAGCAGCGACUACAAGCCUUAUCACGAGGAGUCUCGUGUAAUGACUGCCGGCAUCUGGACCAUUCACUUUUCGAUUGAUAACGACAUGUAUUCAUCAGAGUAUCGCAUGCGGGACUUGAUCAAGGAAUUGGAACUUGACGUUGUCGGUCUACUGGAGUCGGACCUGCAGCGAAUUAUCAUGGGCAACCGAGAUACAACACAGUUCUUGGCUGAGGACUUGGGCAUGUACGUCGAUUAUGGCCCAGGUCCCAACAAGCACACAUGGGGUGCAGCACUGCUAUCCAAGUUCCCAAUUGUCAAUUCCACGCAUCACCUGUUGCCAUCUCCCGUAGGCGAGCUGGCACCAGCGAUUCACGCCACACUGGACUGCUACGGAGAGCUGGUAGAUGUAUUCGUCUUCCAUUCUGGACAAGAAGAGGACCCCGAAGACCGAAGAUUGCAGAGCGAGUAUCUGGCAGAGCUGAUGGGCUCUUCGCCACGGCCCAGUAUCCUGCUGAGCUAUCUUGUCACGCAACCGUUACUGGGCAACUAUAAUAAAUACGUAUCGCAAACCUCGGGGAUGCAUGAUGUGGAUCCAUCCGACUGGGAUCGCUGGUGCGAAUACAUUCUCUACAAGCAUCUGCACCGUGUCGGAUAUGCACGCGUGAGCAGAGAUUCAAUCACAGAUACGGAACUACAGGUUGCCAAGUUUGUGAUACCAACCAACGACGCGGAAAAAGCGCUCGUGUCCAACAUGGACAGAGAUUAUACCAUGAGAAAUCGGAGAGUGGACGAGGGAUCGAUACCCGAGGGCUGGAGAUUUCCAUCCCUCUUUAGAGGCGAGGGUGUGAGAGGUCACAGAUAUCACGUCUUUGACGAGCCGAGAUACUAUACUCCUUGA